AUGGCCGGGACCACGUCGAAUGCCCCGCUGUCGCUGCUGGCCCUCCGGUGGGUCUGCCGAGUGUUGGAUUCGCCAGUGACCCUUUUCCUGGUCUGGACCUUGGCUGCCUUGAGCAGCGCAGCGGUGCUGGCACAGCACCAGCGCUUGGCAGAGGAGUCUCUCGUGGCAGGUUUGCCCAGGGCAGGACCCAUCAUGUCUGCUGCGCGUCCGCUUCUCCGCUCCACCGCCACUGCCACAGCGAGCCCAAUGGUCCAAGCCAGGUUGGGCUCAGCUCUGGAUGCGCUAGCUGAAAUGGAUCCCCCAGCUCGUCGCCGGCGGGCUCUGGGUGUCCUGCUCCGCGUGGCGCAGAAUUUGAUAGAGCACCCGCAGGAUCCAAAGUACAUGCUGAUCUGGAAGGGAAACGCGGUGUUCUCCGAGGCCCUCGGUGCAUUGGAUGUGGCUGGUCCGGCAAUGCGGGGCCUGGGUUUUCGGGAGACCUCCGAGGGGAAGGCUUGGCAGUUUCAGUGGACCAAAGACAGUCCAGCUGCCCUGAAGGACGCCGUUGCUGAGAUACAAGCCUCGCUGCGAGCAGCGAAGGGAGCUUAG